CAGUAAGAGGCGGGUCUCUGUUCAGUAGGAGAAAACUGACACAAACUGCAGCACAAAAUGAUUCUCCACCAACAGAGGCAGAUACUAUAAGUAACUCCUCGAACCUGCAGCCAAAGGAGCAGAAGGAGACUUGAGAAAGAGAAUGUUCAGCUUCAGACACGGUUACAUUUUCUUGUAUAACCUGUUCCAGUUCUGUGGACACACAUGGAUACUAGCUAAUACCAUCGCCAGGUUUCUCACAUUUGGUCGAGAUGCCUUAGCAGACACAUUUUAUUCUGUUGGCUUUGUGAUGAGUCUGUGCCAGCUGGUUUCCAUCCUGGAGUUGUUUCAUAUCGCAGAUGGGAUUGAGAAAGCCAGACUCCUCCCUCGCUUCGUCCAGGUUGUGGAGAAGAACCUCCUGCUGAUCAUGGUCAUCAUGCUUGAGGAGAUUCAGAGUAAACCAGUUGUGUGCGCUCAGUUCUUCUUGUGGAACAUUCUGGACCUCCUGCGGUACCCACAUGAGCUGUUGUGUGUUAUGGACAAACCCUCCAUCGCCAUGCUGUGGACUCGCUACACACUCUGGAUCCCCUUAUACAUCCUCUCAGUGGCCACUGAAGGUGUCACUAUAUACCAGGCACUGCCUUAUAUUGAGCCAACAACAUCAAACACAUGCCAACUGAAUUCAACGGUGUCAGCACACAUCCAGCGGCCUGUUGUCCUGAUGCUCUACUUGCCUGUUCUUGCUCUUGGAGCCUCUGUUACAGUCUGGCAGCUGCUGAAAGAGAGAAAACACCGACUGGAGAAAUGGAACAAAAAAAUGAAAAGGAAGUGACAGAAUGAAUGUUUGGAUGGUUUAAGUCUUUCAUGCAAAUUUCUCUGAAGUUUAAUUUCAGCGGUGACUGUUACUUUUUGAAUUCGGUGAGUAAGAUGUUAUCAUUUAACCCACUGAAGCCUGAAACGCCUGUAAAACCUCUGGGCGAUUUUAAAAUAAACCCCUAAAAUCUGAAGUUUUUCUGUAAAUUCAACAGAAAUGUCAACGCUUCUACGAAAUAAUAGAUUUUUCAGCCUCUGUAGCAGAUAGAAAU